AUGAUUGCACGCAAAGCUGGAGCGGCUUUAGCUGCCGGUUGUACACUUCUUGUCAAGCCAGCCUCGGACACUCCACUAAGUGCACUCGCCCUCGCACAGACCGGAGAAGAAGCCGGACUCCCUCCUGGUGUUUUCAACGUGUUACCUGCUGAUCACAAACACACUACAGAAAUGUCUAAAUACUUAUGUGAAAGCACCGAUGUAGAUGUCAUAAGUUUUACUGGAAGCACUGCUGUGGGAAAGCUCCUUCUUGCCCAGUCGGCUUCUACUGUGAAGCGAGUAUGUCUGGAACUGGGUGGUUCAGCCCCUUUCCUGGUUUUUGACUCAGCUGAUUUGGACGUCGCAAUCAAGGGAGCAAUGGGAGCAAAGUUCCGUGGUUCGGGCCAAACUUGUGUGGCAGCAAAUCGAUUCUUUGUGCAACAGAAGAUCCACGAUGACUUUGUCACGAAAAUGACGGUCGCGAUGAAGGGAUUAGUUGUUGGCGAUGGGAUGAAUCCAAAGACCACCAUAGGCCCUAUGAUCAAUGAGAAUGCUGUCAAAAAGUGGAUAAUACGAGAAAAGACAAAUGAUUUCCAACCCAACGCUGCUGACAAAUGUCACGAACGAGAUGGACAUUGCACAUACGGAAAUAUUUGGUCCCGUGGUUGCUAUUCGAAAUUCCACCUGAUGAAAGCCUUCGCCGACUCAGUGCAGCUAAUACACCGCAGGGUCUGGCUGAUAGCGUCCUCCAGCAGAGAUCCGCUCAAAAUCUACCGUUGUCACGCGGUUCGACUUCAGUCGGAAAUGGUCGAGUUAAUGAAAAUACGCUUAGGCCUAAUGUCAUGCGCUGAAGCUGCCUUUGGAGGUGUCAAGGAAAGCGGCUUAGGCAGAGAAGGCGCAGCGCAAGGUAUUGAUGAGUUCACCCAAUGGAAGUAUAUUUGCACACAGCACUGA